UUGCUAAGUGACAGCUGAAGCCAUCCGUCCGUCCGCUAAACAGAAGCUAGCUCGAUGCUCGAUUUCAGAUUUUUGGGAACGCUCAAAGCUCAAAGUAAUUUGUUCACAUUAAAACAACUGGUCUGAAGCCAUGACCGCUAUAAAAGACGGAGAGUACACGGCUACGAUCUACAAACUGAUUAAAGACAGCCAGUAUGUGGAAGCAAUUCACAUCCUAAACGGCCAACUUCAGAAACACACGAAGUCCAGAGCAGCGCUGUCUCUGCUGGGCUUCUGCUACUAUCACAUCCAGGACUUCACCAACUCUGCAGACUGCUACGAGCAGCUCACCCAGCUGCACCCGGAGGUGGAGGAGUACAAGGUGUACUACGCCCAGUCCCUUUACAAAGCCGGGGCAUACCCCGAGGCCAUGAAGGCCUCCUUCAUGCUCGACAACCCCAGCAGUCACAUGAAGAUGGUGAAGCUUCAAGCCUGUAUCAAAUACUGUGAGGAAGGUUACUCGGCUGCCAAGUCACUGCUGGAGCAGCUGCCCCAGGAAGACCCCGACUACUUCUACAACACGGGCUGUUUGCUUUUCCAAGACGGCAAGUACGAGGAGGCCUGCAAGAAGUUCUCGUCUGCCAUGCAAGUGCUGGGAUACCUGCCAGCGCUGUCCUACAACAUCGCCCUGUGUUACUACAGCCUGAAGAACUACCCUCAGGCCGUCAAGUACAUCGGAGAGAUCAUCGAGCAAGGCAUCAGGGAGCAUCCAGAGCUGAGCGUCGGUUUGACGACGGAGGGCAUCGACGUCCACAGCGUGGGCAACACGCUGGUGCUGCAUCAGACGGCCCUGAUCGAAGCCUUCAACCUCAAAGCUGCCAUCGAAUACCAGCUGAAGAACGUGAAAGGAGCUCAGGAGGCUCUGACCGACAUGCCCCCCCGAUCAGAGGAGGAGCUGGACCCGGUGACUCUCCACAACCAGGCUCUGGUGAACAUGGACACGAAGCCGUCGGAGGGUUUUGAGAAGCUGGCCUUCCUGCUGCAGCAGCCCUCCUUCCCCCCCGUCACCUUCGGAAAUCUGCUGCUGCUCUACUGCAAACACGAGUACUUCGACCUGGCGGCUGACGUCCUGGCAGAGAACACACAUCUCACCUACAAGUUCCUCUCGCCGUACAUGUACGAGUUCCUUGAUGCCUUGUUGACCUGCCAGACGGCACCAGAGGAGGCUUUUAGGAAGUUUGAUGAUAUGAACGGAAAACUGACGGAGCAGUUGAGGAAGCUGGCCAAGCAGGUGCAGGAGGCCCGACUGGCUCGAGACGAUGAAGCUCAGAAGAAAUCUCUGCAGGAAAACGACCUGAUGCAGGAGAAGUACAUCGUGGUCCUGAUGGCCCAGUCCAAGAUCUACUGGAACCGGGAGAACUUCCAGAUGGUGGAGAAGAUUUUCCGCAAGUCGGUGGAGGUCUGCAACGAGGACGACACCUGGAAGCUGAACGUGGCCCACGUGCUCUUCAUGCAGAACAAAUACAAGGAGGCCAUCGGCUUCUACGAGCCCAUCGUCAAGAAGCACUACGAAAACAUCCUGAAUGUGAGCGCUGUGGUCCUGGCCAACCUGUGUGUGUCCUACAUCCUGACCAGCCAGAAUGAGGAGGCUGAAGAGCUGAUGAGGAAGAUCGAGAAAGAGGAGGAGCAGAUCUCCUACGACGACCCCGACAAGAAGGUCUUCCACCUCUGCAUCGUCAACCUGGUGAUCGGGACGCUGUACUGCGCCAAAGGCAACUACGACUUCGGCAUCUCUCGAGUCAUCAAGAGCCUGGAGCCGUACAACAAGAAGGUCAGCCAUCUUGUUCUCUGGGAUGUUGGACAUCAGCGUGUAGACGAGUCGAUGCUGUCGUCAGAUAUCAUUUAUCAGCACAUUUACGCUACACAGGAAUAACAACACGUGUAUCAAGUCUUCAACCAAAAAUAACCCUCUGAGCUCUCCAGGACUCCUCUGUGAGGCCGAGCUGCUCUUUCUGGACCUUUUUGAUCUCAUCCAGUCGCACCAGCGACUCGGCCUGCAGCUGAGUCCACUCGGCUCCAGCUGAGAACACAAAGCCGUCACGUCCUGAGAGUUUCCCCCCCGUCUCAUGCUCUCAGUGCUCACCACCACGGAGUCACAUUGAAUGUCAGGAUCUACUCUAGUCAGCUGUGGGGCAAACUGUGGCACGGAAGCAGAUCAAAGUGUGUUUAGGAUGAUCAGGUUUUUGUGUUUGAAAAGGUCACAGAGACUAAA